CCUCGGGUUGCUGCCAAAUUGAAUGUUUCCCCGAUCAAUGAUGUAAUUGCGAUUCACAAUGAAGACACAUUUCAGCGUCCGAUUUACGCGGGAAACGCGUUGGUCACUCUCAGAUCUUUGGAUCCGGUACGUUGUAUGACCGUUCGUGCGACCGCUUUCCCAGCCAUUGAAUCGAACAGUUGCGGCGCGGAGGCAGCAUUGCUUACGGAAUUUUUGUCCGUGGAACAGCACAAAUCGGACCGACCCGAGCUGACAUCAGCAGAUGUGAUCAUUUCGGGUGGUCGUGGAAUGAAGAGUGGUGAAAAUUUCAAGAUUUUAUACGAGCUGGCCGAUAAACUGAAUGCAGCUGUGGGUGCUUCCCGAGCAGCAGUGGACGCGGGAUUUGCGGCCAACGAUAUGCAGGUGAUUAUCCUGUUUCUUCCAGUUGCAUGUUCCCUGGGAAACUCGAUUGGAUUAUUCGGGUCAUCUUUGAUACCACUCUUCAUUGAUCCUCCCACUUUUUCUCUUCCGGUGGAAAACUAA